UUUAGUGCGUGAUAUAUUAUUUGAUAGCAGUGGUUCGAUAUUAUUUGAUAGCAGUGGUUCGUUAAUGAGUAUAUGUAUUAAAUAAUUUUGUGUUUGUACAGAGUACUCGUCAAAGAAUAAUUUAGAAAAAUUGGUUACUAAAUUAGCCCUUAGGAGAUUUUUUGAACACAGUUUUUUACACAAUCAUAACCUAUUUUAGAAGUUAUUCAAUUAAAUUGUAUUGUUAUUUGAGAAUAAAGUUUAUUCUAAUUUGAUUUAUUACUAGAUAAAGCUUGGAAUGGAUUCUGAAGGACCUCAAGGUAGCACACUUGUGUACAGUCCCUCAUCAAGUCAUAUAAACUUGAGAACUUCCUUAUGCUUCACUGCAACGUCUGUUGAGUCUUCUAACCUCCUAGAUGGAACUGGGAGCAAAGUCAAAUCUAAGAAGAAAAGACCAAAACACAAGUCCAAAAAUGCUGUCAAGGAGCUGCAUGAUCCUACAUCAGAUACUGUACAGAGUGAGUGUAAUGAUUUAGUACAACUCACUACAGAAAGUGCUGACGUUUUUACUUCUGCUGGUCUUUUCUUUCAAAUUAAUGAAGCUCAACAGAUGAUGGAGAAUUUGCAAACAGAGGUGGCAGGAAAAGAAAAACCCAAAAGGGUUAGGAAAAGGAAAAAGAACAAAGCAGAAGACCAAGUUGAUGAGGGAGCUAUGUGCACGACCAUAGUUCAGGAAGUGGAAAGCUUAGUGGAAAUCGGAAAUGUUUUAAAAGAUAAGGGUAAAAAUAUGCACCAACACCAGGAGAAACUUCUAUCAGAAUCUCCAAGAAAAGAACCGUACUUUCCUGACAAUAAAAGAACACCAGCUAAAAAGAAGUCAAAUGCGAAGAAGAAAGUUGAGAAUCAAGUUUUUGAACCGUACUUGACUGAGGAAGAGGUGGAACAGGGAUUAGCAGACAAAACUAUGGUUGCUGGGCCAAUAAGAAUUAACCCUAGAUGUUACAAAGAAGCAUACAUACCUUCAGAGGGAGAUGAGAAAGACAUCAUGAUCGAGGGAUUAAAAGACCGCAACAGAGCCUUGGAAGGAGACGAGGUUGUCGUCUUGAUCAAUCCUCCUGACGCCUGGAAGGUAAAUUCAGGUCAGCGCACGGGAAAGGUAGUGUACAUUAAAGAGAUGUUCCAUUCUCGCACGUGUAUCGGGAAACUGCCUGCAUCAGUCGACCCUUGCAGCUCGUACAUCGUGUUCUCACCACGCGAUUCACGCGUACCGCGCAUCAAGAUCUCUCCAAACGACAAGUCUCUACCUCCCCGAUACCUGGAAGAGCCGGCAUUGUAUGCCGAGACGCUAUUCAACACUCGGAUAACUGCUUGGAAUGACGUGAGCUUCGCCCAAGGUGUCAUCAUAGAAGAGGUUGGACAGAGUGGCGAUCUGGAAGUUGAAACUCUUGCCAUUUUGUUGGAGAACAACCUUGAUCCCUAUCCCAUGAAUUCUCUGCUGAACGUAUUCUUUCCUCGUCUGCCAUACGUCAUACCCAAGGAGGAGAUUGGCAGGCGGGCGGAUCUCAGGAGAGACUGUAUAUUCACAAUAGACCCUGCAACAGCAAGGGACCUGGACGAUGCGGUUUCAGUGCGACGCCUGGACAGUGGCAAUCUGGAGGUGGGAGUGCACAUCUCCGACGUGUCUCACUUCCUGCAUGCCAACACACUACUGGACGAAACUGUGUGCAAGCGAGCCACCACUGUCUAUCUAGUGCAGAGGGUGUACCACAUGUUGCCUGUGGAAUUGUGUCAGCUGUGCUCUCUCACCCCGGGAGAAGACAAGUUGGCAUUCUCCGUCUUCGUGGAAAUGACGCCAAAUGCAGAAGUAGUUUCACAUCGCUUCACCCGUUCCGUCAUCCACUCUUGUGCCAAACUCGCUUACGAACACGCUCAGAUGGUCAUUGAUAACCCAGAGAAGACAUUUACUUCAGAAGAUUUUCCAGAAAUACAUAACGGGUUCACAGCAGAAGACUGUGCUGCCACAGUACGUGAACUCUACAAACUGUCCGCGAUCAUGCGCAGGAGAAGGUUUGACUCAGGAGCUCUGCGUAUUGACCAACCCAAACUUUGCUUCCACCUCGAUUCGGACACACUGACACCGUUGACCAGUUUCAUCUACGAGAACAAAGAGUCCCACAGGCUCAUAGAAGAGUUCAUGUUGCUGGCGAACAUGACAGUUGCUGAGCACAUCUACGCAGCGUUCCCCAGACUGGCAUUCCUGCGCCACCACCUUCCACCUCGGCCCAACAUGAUGGCGGAGCUGCAGAAGAGGAUGGAAAUGUACGGCGUGAACCUGGACAUCACGGAUGCAGGCACGAUGCACAGUUCUAUGUGCAAGUACAGCAGUCAGAUGCCAGAGGAGGACCCUGCCUGGAGUUGGGCGCGCUACGUGGUACUCAACCAUCUGUGCGCCAAACCGAUGCUGAGAGCCAAUUAUUUCUGCCCUUCGGACGAGUGCCCAGAGAUGCACCACUACGCACUCAACGCUCCAUGCUACACGCACUUCACUUCCCCGAUACGCCGGUACGCAGACGUCAUGGUGCACCGACUCCUGGCAGCAUCGCUGGACAUCGGCCCGAAACCAAAGUACAAACCUUUGGAUGUGAAACGUAUCGCUAUGAUCUGCAACAGACAGAAGCUGGCGGCCAAGAUAGCCGGAGAACAGAGCAGUCUACUGUUCCUGGCUCUGUACUUGCGUGAGCCUGUCGAGAGUCUAGCGGCUGUCAUAGACGUGAAGGAUCGGUCACUGGACGUCAUCGUCAAGGACUUUGGUGUCAUGCUCAGAGUUUAUACUGACCCUUUGCCAGUGAAAGUGCAGUACAUCAAUGAGGACAACAUGCCGCAGAUGUACCUCCAAUGGUGUGCCAGUGGCACGGUGCAGUUGGUACAACUGUUCAGUGUGGUGCGAGUGGAAGUGUCGCGCUCCAAGGAUGGGCUCAAGCCGACGGCCAAACUGCUGCCUCCUUAAUCCACACGAGAAGUGUUCACGAGGCCAUGCAGCUAGCGGUAAAAUGUCAAUUACCGUUGCCCGCAGAAAGUAUAAAAUGUUCAUAUCCUCUGUAAAACAUGUACAAUGUAAAUUUACAUGUUUAAAAUUUUCUCAUAGAUUAUCACUUAAGGCUGUUAGUAUUGUUUUGGAAUGAUUAUGUAUGUAACCAUAUCAGUAGUUUAUUGUUAUUUAUAUGGAUGAAGUGUUCAACUUAUAAUCCAGGUUGAAUUGUAACUAAAACUCAAUAAUAUUACGACUCAAGAGUAUUUCAAAGGUGUGCAAAGUUACCAAUUUUUAACACCGUCUGAAUCUGCACAUAGCUAUUUUUGUUCCAGCUGUGCUUUUACAACAAAACAUGUUUGCAAGGAGACCGUGUGGCUUGUAAACAUAAAUUAUGUCAAUUGUUGAUGCAGAGACAUGUGUUUGUGUCUUUAAAUGCACAAGUGUUUUUUGGCAACAGAGGCCAACAUUUUAUGUAUGGGGUAUAAAAAUAUCCUUGACAUGCAAAAAAGAUUGGAUCGAAAAUUCGUUACUGCCUUUAUGUUAACUAUUUUGUAUUACUCUUGAGUUGUAUUUUGAAUGCUUUCAUCCAAAAUUAAUUUGAUUAGUUUUUUUCUAAUUUAAUUAUAUUUAUAGGUGAUGGAAAUAUGUUCAUACUUUACAUAGAACUAGAAUAAUUAUUUGCAUACGUUUUAAAUGGUUAGGAGUCCCAUAUUACUCAAUAUAAUGAAGGUAAUAUUAUUGCUAAAUUUUACUUUUAAUGUGGUUGUGAUGUGUACAAUGUUUCCAACACCCAUUUUAGGAAACUUAGACCUUUAGUAAGUAACUUUAAGACCUUCUUACGUCCUCGAGAUUUGUUUCGUCGUAGCUGUAAAUAACAAAGUGUUUUAUAAUUGUUUUACUAUUAAAUACAUGUAUUUAACUGUAAGUAACGUUUUAUUUUUAGGUUUGUUACAAUAUUUAUAGAAAUGGUUUGAGUUUUUAUUGUUUAAUAGUGGCUUAGUACUUUAAUAGAGUGAUCUAAUCGAUAUAGUAGAGUAUUAUUGUAUGGGAAUGAAAUUGCAAGUUUACAAUUAAUUUAAACUGGUUUUGUCAUUGAAUUAAAACAAUCUGAUGACACAUAAACUGAAAUUGUGAUGUGACAACUAAGGUGUUGUCAGAAAUUGUAAAUCACAGAGUUAUUGACUUCCUUUCGAGAUUGUAUUUUGUUUUGUUUCGUAUUUUGGAAAUGACAUACGAAGUCUGUUCGAAAAGUAUCCGAGCGGUAUGAGCAUAACUAAUAGUCCCUCAUGAUCUAUGCCAUAGUUUCUGGCUGAAUUAUGUCAUGUUCAGUCUUACUUUUUUUUCUGUUCGUCGCAUUUGUGUACUGAAAAUGACAGAAAGAACUGAUCGACGAAUUUGCAUCAAGUUUUGAUCAUAACCGUAAAACCAUGACUCAUCACCAGCAAUAAUCUUUUUAAGGAUAGUUUCAUCAUCACAGACUAUUUUCAAGUUGUUCACAGCGAAGGUUUUUCUAUUCGGUCGUGAGGAAUUUCGAAAUGAAUUUCGCAUACAAGCGAGUCGUUCUCAAAAUGUCCCAAUCAGUAUUUUUUAGUAUUUUGUGAUAAUUUUCUAGUUUAUGAAGAGACUAUCGACUAUCACCUUCAGUCGCAAGUCGCACAAAAUCAAUGUUUUCCGGUGUUGUCAGUGAAAAUCGGGCAGAAUGAGGGUCACUGUCAACAGAUGUGCGAUCAUUUUUGAACUGCCUGUUUCAUUCUUUCAUCUGUGUUGUGUCCAUACUUUCAUCUCCAAAGGCCUUCUGUAUCAUUUCAAUUGUCUCUGUGCAGCUCUUGAAGCAAAUCUUGGUGCAAAUUCGUUGGAUCAUUAUUUUCUGUCAUUUUCAACAGCGCGCAAGUGCGACGAACAGAAAAAACACGUGAGACAUAGGCACUGAAUGAAUGUGUUUACCAUGUUUCAUUAACAUUGCUCUAAGCAGUAUAAUAAAAAUUAUUGAGGUGGUAUCUCGUCGAACUGAGAGAUUUAUUUUAUGGGAAUAGAGUUUGCUCAUUGCACAAGCUAACACAUAAAAUGGAUAGUGUCACAGAUAGGUGGGAGUUAAAAAUAUAUAUUUUUUGUAAUUUUUUUAUAGAAAGGUACUGGCACAAAGGUUUGACUAGGAAAUUACGUGUUAUAUUGCAUAGUCCGAUACUUAUGAGAGGCACAUUUAAAGUAAGUACCAUUUUGAUAUAAAAAAAAUCAAGUAAACAUUUUCUAACAAAUUAAUUUUUAUAUGAAAGCCCAUAUUUUUAUCUACUUUCCCACAUAAUUGCCAUCAAUAUUAAGGCAAUUAUUACGUCUAAAUACAAUGUAUUGUAUGUUGUCAUUGUAGAAUAUUGCUGCAUAAUUUAGCAGGGAAUGCAACAUGAUCAUUUUGACACUAUUUUCGUUGUUGCGGCGCUGAUCUUCAAGAUGUUUCUUCUGAUGAAGAAGCAAAUGUUGUCACUGGGCAUUACAUUUGGGGGGUUACCAGAUUGUUCCUAGCAAAAUACUGUGAUGAGAUCUUGAGUUUGUUUUGCCGCAUGUUGAUGGACGUUGUCAUACAGAAAAACGUGUUCUUUAUAAAAAAAAAAAAAACACUUCUUGAAACUUAUGAAAACUCUUCUGAUAUCAAAGCAAUUGUUAACCCUUUCAGUGCCAGACAUUCUCCCUAGUGCGCGUGCAAGAAAUGCUAGGCAUAGUGCCAUAUGCUCAUGCAAGAACAGCCAGGCUAUAAUUGCCAAUUUUUCAGCAGUUUGCAAAAACUGUCACAGUUUUGUUAUUUAUUGAUGAAAAUUGUUACUUUUUGUUGUGUUUUGCUCUAAACAAUGUGCUUUAAAUUAAUACUGAAAAAUAAAUUUACUACAACGUGCAUUAAAAAUAUAAAACCAGAAAAACUUUUACUUACAUAAAAUUUUAUGAUGAAUUUUUCAGUUUGGUGUAAAUAUAAGGCCAGUAAAAAAAUCCUUGUUCCAUAAAUUGAGUAUGUAUUUGAACCUCCACAUACUUUUGAACACAUACACAAAAAAUUUUACAUCUAUCUUAAAAAAUAACGCGUAUUUGGAUUUUUCACACAUCUUGCUAAACACUGUUUUUCACUUUAUAAAAUUAUGUAUUAGGCAAAUAUUGAGAAAAAAUAGCCUAUUCAAGUUUAAAAUUACACAAUUAAUAAACACUUAUAGCCUACUUAAAAGUUUUUUACAAAAAGUUACAACAAUAAACGAAACAACAAGUUAGCUCGGCGCAAUCGGCGAAACUGCGUAGUUGGUUAGUAAACAACAGACGACAGCUGACUCAGACUAGCGACGUCCACAGCCACUUGUAUUUUGUUUUAUUUAUAACACUAAUGUAAUGGAAAUACAUUCAACUGAAUGUUUUUUAUUAGUUUAUAUCUUUAUAAAUACAAUUAUAACAAAAUUAGGAUUGUUUAGAUUUUUUUUUUAUUUUUUACGAAUAUUUUAAAACACGUCCGUGUAGUCGGACGUUGGCACUGAAAGGGUUAAAUAUCUGUUCACUUUACCUUUUCACAUUCUACACCAAAUCGUUGGUGAUUGAGGGUUUUCCACUCUGUUUCUCAUCAUGAACAUUCUUUUAAAGCUCUUGCCCUUUUUGAUUGCCAUUCCAUCAUUCAUAGUGUUUUGUCAAUACACUUCACAAUUGUGACAAUGAAUUUCAACUGAUUUUACGUCUUUAUCGCCCAAGAAACAAAUAACAUGUACUUUACGGUCUGUGGGAUUCUAAAUUGACAGGGGCAUUUAAAAUCUGCUUUGACAGGUGUAAAAACGAUAGAUUUCUGCCGUAAUUUCGUCUGUGGGCUUCCUAACAGAUGAAGGUAGAUAGUGUGCAAAUGCUGGACACAAGACUCCAGCGCUGCAGUGGUGGAAUUUCAAAAUGGUACUUACUUAGAAAAAACACGCCUCUUACUGAAAUACAUGUAUAUUAUAUUAUUUUUUUUGUGAUUAUGGUGGUUUUGGGUUCUGAUAAAAAAAUCUCCAUGAAAUUUCCUUGUGAAGGUGAUAGCAGUAGGCAGAUUUCUACGAAUUAUAUAAAAUAAGCCUAAAAAUGUGACCAUAAUAUGAACGGUUUAAGCCAAGAAUAUAAACUAUUAACCUUGUUAGCCUCUAAAAUUAUCAAAUUAAAAAUAAAUACUUCCUUGGCAACUGCGAUAAGCAUGGAGGGUGCACCAGGCAUUUUAAAAGCCUUUUGUGUACUAAACAACCUCUCCAGUAGACAUAAUCUAUAAUAUCGGAUGUAACUGUUUUUGGCGUUUUGGUCAAAGUCUACAUUCUAAUAUAUCCACGGAGUGGGAAGGGUGAAUAAGAUGAAUUUUUGCACCAAGCUUCAAAUUGUCAGGGCUUUUAUUUGGAACGUUAUCGUUUACCACAAGGCUGCUUCUGUGUACAAAAUCAAUCUAAUGGUAACUUGAUAGCACAAAUCAGACCUGUCUGAUUUGUUGUAGAGGACGGAACAGUUGUUUACGCGCAUGCGCUAGCCAUUGUUUUUGGUUCCUUCUGUAUACAGCAAUGUACAAAAUUGUCCUAAAUUUCCAUCCUCAUUGAAUAUAAAAUUACUGAAACAUCCUAAUCAAAAUCAAGGGAAAAUAUAUUUUCCAAAACAAUCUUCGUAAAAAAACUGUUAUUUGUUUGUGUAUAUUUAUUUGCUUAAUAUUUUUUACGUUUUAUACUAUUUUAAAAUUAGAAGCAGGUUUUAGUAAUAGGUAUGUUUUAUGUAAACUGAUUUUCUUAUGCAAAACUGCCCAACUGUUGUGCAUGUGGCACCAGACAGCAAGGCGCUAAGACAGCCAGGGUGGGUGGUAGUUAAGAGGCAAAACGUUAAAUAUUGUAGUUUUAAUAAAUUUAUUAGUUGUAAGUAUUGAAGGAUUUGACUUGUUCUAGUUUGCAUUUUGAUUGAUUUGGAACUGGAAUGACGCGGAUCUUGUACCAACUAAAGUCAUAAAGGACAGCCAGGAUGGGUGGUAGUUAGGAGGCAAUCAUUAAAUAUUGUAGUUUUAAUAAAUUUAUUAGUUGUAAGUAUUGAAGGAUUUGACUUGUUCUAGUUUGCGUUUUGAUUGAUUUGGAACUGGAAUGACGCGGAUCUUGUACCAACUAAAGUCAGAAAGGACAGCCAGGAUGGGUGGUAGUUAGGAGGCAAUCAUUAAAUAUUGUAGUUUUAAUAAAUUUAUUAGUUGUAAGUAUUGAAGGAUUUGACUUGUUCUAGUUUGCAUUUUGAUUGAUUUGGAACUGGAAUGACGCGGAUCUUGUACCAACUAAAGUCAUAAAGGACAGCCAGGAUGGGUGGUAGUUAGGAGGCAAUCAUUAAAUAUUGUAGUUUUAAUAAAUUUAUUAGUUGUAAGUAUUGAAGGAUUUGACUUGUUCUAGUUUGCAUUUUGAUUGAUUUGGAACUGGAAUGACGCGGAUCUUGUACCAACUAAAGUCAUAAAGGACAGCCAGGAUGGGUGGUAGUUAGGAGGCAAUCAUUAAAUAUUGUAGUUUUAAUAAAUUUAUUAGUUGUAAGUAGUGAAGGAUUUGACUUGUUCUAGUUUGCAUUUUGAUUGAUUGACUUGGAUUUAAAUAGUAUUUUUUUAGUAUCUGUGUUAUUAGAAAAAUUAUGUGUCAAAAGCUAAGUUCAUUACAAAAUUCAAAAUUUGAAGAAAAAAAGUCCUUUCCUGUAAGGAGUCUCUUACAUAGAAAGAAAAUGAUGUAUUGGAUGUGUGAUUGUGGGAAUUCUCUCUUUCUAGAACUAGGCAUGAAGUGUACCGGUGAGAACUGAUUCAUUAUGGAAUCGUGUGUGAUGUGUUAUUCUCAGGUCUUUCUUAGUUUUAAGGAGCAAAUACUCUCUUUUCCCACUGCCAGUAUUUUGUUUAGUGGUAUAGGUUCUUAUCAAUUGUUGUUUCUUGUCUUUAAACAUCAAAUGCUCAAGUGUAAUGGUUUUACUUUUUUGUUAGUUACCUAUAAUGAAGUAUGUUUCGAUACACGCUGCUCAUUGAUAUUAUUUAAUAAAUGUAACUUUCCAUUAAAUGAAUUGGGCAAUUUUUAAAAUAAAUUUUCCAUAUUUUAUUGAAACCUGUAUGAAUUUCUUUUACUGAAAUUCACUAUUGAACUUACCAUUGUGAUGGUGUGUAACGCAAUAAAACUGUACAGUUUUAUAGAGUUAGAAUUUGUAUGUCUAAUUAGAAAACAGGAUUAAUUUAAUACUUAAUCUAAUAUUAGUUGACAGUUGAGUUCAGCUAUUGGGAAGCAAUUGGAAAAGUUUUUCUCUAUUGGAGGCAUAAAAAAUGUAUGACUGCGCAAAUUUUUGAGCGUACCAUACCAAGAAACAAGUGUGGGAGGGUUCUUCUACAGACGGGAUCCUGGAAUUUUCUCCCACUCCUUUUCUUGCACUAGUCUGGAAAUGAAUGCUUCCAGGAUAAACUCUUAUUUAUUUCUCGCUUCCUUUCAUCUAAAUCACUUGUUCACAAUCGAAGAUUCGCCCUUGGUAGUUUCUUCACAUGCUGGGCCACCAAUUCCAGCAUUCCUACCCUCGAAAUGAACACUGGGCAAUGCUCAAACAAGAAGCUGUGGCUGAAACUUUUUCCUGUAACUGUACGGUCAGCUCUUUCCUUUUCUGACCAUCGUUACGCCUGAAGACGUACUUCUCGUCAACCCUUGGCGAAUCUUCAAAAGCUAAUUUGAAGUUGGACAAACCCUUAUUUCCCCAUUCUGUGCAGGCUGGGGAAAAAAAUUGUGGUUCAACAGGAUUGACACAGGAAGGUGUGGGUAUGGGUUCACUAUGCUGUUCUCCAUAAAUAAUGUAGGAUUUAAAAUUGAUUUGUUGUUCCAACUUUUGUGAGACUGCAUCCAUGUGAACCUUCCAUCUCCAACCCUCAAAAGUUCUCGUUCACUUUGCUUCCUUAAUUACAAUCGCUUCCUUGUGAUGGAAUAUAUGUUAGGUCUCCAUGUGCUAUUGGCUGGGAAACACAAGGACUAAAGAAUCUUUGUUUUGGCGUAACAACCUCCAUUGUAAAUCAUUUGCUUACUGAUAUGUCAAUCCUGGGAUACCAGCCAAAGCUUGCCAAACAAUAUGGGUAGGAGGUAUAGUUUCUCCACACCAUUGGUAAAACUAUAGUGGAUGCUUUUCCACUGUUAUUAAAACAUUAUGGUCUACACAAUGGUCGUAGAAUCAUCCAAUAUGUAUGCUCUACCUUAUAGGUAGUUAAAAUACAUGGUGGAAAAUUGUAAUAUUUUUGUUGUGCACUGGUUGUACAAAUUAUGUGUGAUUAAUUAUUAAAAAUUUUAUUGAAAUAAAAUGUUAUGUUUACAA